AUGAAGCGGAGCCACAAUUACAGUUCAUCUGAGAGCGACCUGGACGACAAUAUUGAAGUGGAGAAAGACAGCGGCGAUGAAAAUGGUCAGCUGGAUUCUCACGGCUCGAUGUCUCCCUCUACAACCACUCAAGUUCAAGCCAGGAAAAGACGCAGAGGGAUUAUUGAAAAAAGGCGGCGUGACCGGAUCAAUAACAGUCUGUCGGAGUUGAGGAGAUUGGUGCCAAGUGCUUUUGAGAAACAGGGAUCAGCAAAAUUGGAAAAAGCAGAAAUAUUGCAAAUGACUGUGGAUCAUUUGAAGCUGCUUCAUGCGUCUGGUGGAAAAGGUUUCUUUGAGGCUCAUGCUCUUGCAAAGGAUUACCGCAGCCUGGGCUUUAGGGAGUGCCUGGCAGAGACAGCUCGCUUCCUUAGCAUCAUAGAGGGUCGGGACAACACAGACCCCCUCCGCCUACGCUUGGUGUCCCACCUUAGCAACUAUGCCUCUCAAAGGGAGGUGCACACUGGACUGGAACACUUAGCCUGGGGCUCUGCCUACGGGAGUGCCCCUGCCCAUCUCCCCCAUCCCUUCCUCCUACAACACCCCCAGGGCAGGACACCUGCAUCCAGAAGCAACAGUAGCCCACCCUCCUCCUCCUCUUCCUCUACAUCCUCCUCCUCCUCCACUGAGGCACCUGGAACAUCCAGACUCAGUGUCUUGCCCCCCACGGAGUCCCUCAGAGUGCCUCCCAGCAGCUCGCUGCCUCUCAGCCUUCCUCUGCCAACAUCCAAGCUUUCGCCACCACUCCUCUCAUCCCUCUCCUCACUUUCAGCCUUCCCCCUCUCCUUCAGCGCUUUCCCUCUAGUCUCCCCAACGGCCAUCAGCACAGUGAGCCCCUCCUCCACUCUGUCAAAGCCUUACAGGCCUUGGGGCACAGAAAUCGGGGCCUUCUGAAGCCAACGACUGGACUGAAGGCAACAGCUGAGCUGUGCCCACUACUACAGACUUCAUCUGUUUUUAUAGCAAUAAAACACAGGUGAACAACUGAACUGAUUUUAUUUUAUUAAGAAACAAUGAGUGGGAGAGGUGGCUAAAGGAUGUAAUCUCCUCUGACCAUGUUCUUAUCAAGAAAGGAUGAUUUUAUGUUAUUCAUUGAAAUUGAUAACAAAUUUAGCUAACAUGCACUGUCUCCAGGUUGAGUACUGAUAUGAUGAUAGUAUGGGCCAUACAUAGAUAUACUGUAAGCACAAAUUAGAGGUAAUAUUUUGUAGACCACAUACUGAAACUUUGUCCAGCACAGAUGUCUGUAUUUAACAUUAUGUAGUGUUACUUAAUUUGGCCUGUUUCAGAACUACAUGGAAACAAAUAUGCAUAUUAUAUGCACUGCAUUUGGAAAACUAACUACUUGACAAUUUGACACUUGC